CUUUAGUAUUUAUGCUUAUGUAGUACAUCUGCACCUCUUUCUUGGCUAAAUUGAGACGUGUCUGCUUUUCUCAAAGUAAGACCCUCAUUCGUGACGCAGAUUCAGUCGUAGCCGCGCGAUGAAGCAUUUGUUGAAGUUUGUGCGUUGCGGUAGUUGAUAUGAACCGAAAGACUGAACCCACAAAGACGUAAAGGAUUCGGCAUCCGAUAUUCCACUUUCGAUCGGACUUCGGUUCUCUGCGCGUGUGGAACGGGUUCACAAUGAAGCCGAAAAACUAACCGGUGUCGGAGCUCCGAUGCACAAAGGUUGGAUUUUGAAUCCAUUGCUUAGCAUUUGGUACGUACAAGACUUGCAUACUUCUGUUAGUGAUGAUGAUGAAGCUUUGGGCGGUGAAGAUUUUGUUUGGUUAUGGAGGUGUUGAAGUUCUUGCAGAAGUAGGUUAUGGUGAAGAAGAUGGAAGAAUUGCAGGGUUUCGGUUGAGAGUCGGAUGAAGGUUGAGGACUCGAUUGAAGGUGAUGAAGAAUGGAAUUAGAGAGUGAAGGUGAAGGAUGAGAAGGUUGAAGGUUGAAACAAAUGAAAAUCCCCCCUACUGCUAACAGAAGGGUGGAUAUCUACCAACAAUUACUUCUAUGAUGCACUAUGGUGACUGAGUCGAAUGCCGCAUUGACGAUGAAUAGUAUCUAGCAGCUGGUUUGAUGCCGAACUGCAGUAAACUGGACAGAAGCUGGACGGGCCAAACUGGAGUAAACUUUAAAGUUGGGCUUCUUGAUGUCGUCAUUGAUAUGCGUACGUUAUUUUGGCUUGAAUGAAAAUGUUUAUGGUAGAUGUGCUUUUAUAUGUGAACGUUGAUAAGGGAGCGAUGCUCGACAAAACGCAAAUCUAUGUAUCAAUUACUUGCAGAAUGAUCCAUGGUUUGCGUAUCAAAGAUGGAAAAGCUUCAUAUGUUUCCCGCUUCGUGAAAACUUCUCGUUUUAAACAAGAAGAAUACUUUAAUGGCUCUAAAUUUAUGAAGAUUGGAGAUCUCAAAGGUCUAUUUGGACUGUUGAUGGUUAACAUGCAAAUGUUAAGAGCUAAAUUGAAAAUAUUCGACGUUUCUUAUGGACACGGAACAGCUAAUACAGCUCUUGUAUAUCACCAUCAGAAGCUUCUAGCACUCUCAGAAGGAGACAAACCUUAUGCUAUUAAAAUUUUAGAAGACGGUGAUUUGCAGACACUUGGCAUGCUAGAUUAUGACAAGAGAUUAGGCCAUAACUUCACUGCCCAUCCAAAAGUUGACCCAUUUACUGGGGAGAUGUUUACACUUGGAUAUUCACAUACAGCACCAUAUGUCACAUACAGGGUAAUAUCAAAGGAUGGUUUUAUGCAAGAUCCUGUUCCAAUAACAAUAUCAGACCCCGUUUUGAUGCAUGACUUUGCCAUCAGAGAAUUAUUCAAUAUUUACGGACCUUCCUCUGUACUUUAGGCCAAAGGAAAUGGUGAAGAAUAAUACCUUGAUAUUCUCAUUUGAUUCAACCAAGAAAGCUCGUUUUGGUGUCUUACCUCGGUAUGCUAAGGAUGAGAAGCAUAUCAGAUGGUUUGAACUACCAAAUUGCUUCAUUUUCCACAAUGGUAUGUUUGCUUGCUUUGUUUCUCCUUAAUAUAAUAUGUUGAUUGAUAUUCUAUAAUGAUCAUUUGUAAAAUCCAAUGAUUGUGAAAUUGAAGUUCCUGAUGAUUUAAAAAAAAAAAGCGAGGCCGAUAUAUUUCCUCAUUCAUUUGAUUUUCGAUUCAUAGUAAUGUCAAAUUUGAAAACACCUUUCAGUAACAUGCAAAUCACUUCAAAAUAGAAUAGCAGCAAUGUAUCACAAUUUAAAGUUAGUAAAAAAAAGCUUCAAUUUAUGCUGUAAAUUAUUUAAUUCUGACGAAUGUGUCCAUUUUCAUCUUUUAUUUGACUCAUUUUC